AUAAAAUAUUUUAAAAAAAUUAUUCAAAAGGUGGGAAGCUGGUGUGUUUAAAUACAAACUGUCUCACAGAGUGCCAUCACGAUUUCUCUUUGCUUGCAUUCUCGAAAUUCUGAAAAGAAAUAAAAAAUGAUGAUGCAAGAAAGCCUGGGAGUGGAAGAAUUGUUCGGAAAGGUUAACAUUUCGCCGAGUCAAGUUGCAUUCAUAGUAGACCAGUAUCUCUGCGCCAACAACUUAUCGCAUACGCGUGCCACUUUCCGCAUGGAAGCAUCCUCCCUCUUCGCCGGUUCCUCAUUCAAUCAGAUAUACAAGCCUUCGUUAAAUUUAAAGCAUAUACUCGAUGAUUAUAUAUUUUUGAAGAGAAAAAACUUAAUCUUGAAUCAAGAAAGGGUUGCGAUCAUGCAAGAAAAGUACAGAGUUGAGAAAUUGGUGCAGGAAGUGCAAAAUGUCGUCUAUGCUUAUCGUUCCUUUCAGAGGCUAAUCCCAACAGAUAUUCCUGUUACGAAUAAAACCCCUUCAGGUGUAUGUACUGGUACCACCUCCUUUGUUCAGAACACAAACACAUACAACAACAUACACUGGCAGCAGUCUAACAAGAGAAAGAAUAGUGAAGGAAUACAUGCGCCCACAAUUGCAAAAAAACCUCGUGGUAGACCACCUGGGAAGAAAAAUCAAGUUAAAGCUCUAAACGUGCUCCCACCAUUAGGGACUCAAUCAUUAAUUGUGAAUUCCACAGCUACAGGUUCACAAGUUACCACCACCUCAUCAAUCAUAAAAACACAACCUGGAACAGCAACCAAUAAAUCUGUUACAACAUGUAAUAAGGAUGUUGUUACUCAUUGUGAGGCUGUUGUGGUCUGUCCUGAAGAAGAAAUAAGUAAUAAACCCAGCCUUCAUCCUUCUCCUAUAAAUUCAGAUUCUGACACAGAAGAUAAGAGGACAGAAGAUAAGAGGGAAUUAGACUGCAAUGCCUCUCUUGUAUUUUUGGAAAAUUCAAUACCAAAUGAGUUUUCCAUCCCAGAAACAAAGAAGGAGCAUUCACAGUUGGAUCUAUCACACGUUAAGUUUUCAGAUUUAGAUAUGGAGUACUGGUCAAACUUCUCAUUAAAAGACAUAGGAAUCUUUGAUGAAGAUUAUUUUGAUCUUCCAGCUUCAACUCAUUUGGAGGUUGAUGCAUGAAGGGGUGCAGCAGCCAUGGAGAUGAGAACGAGACCUUACAAACUGAUAGGGAAAAGGAAAAUGGUAAGUUGAAGGAGCUGCUAGAGGUGGAGAAGGGAAAGGCUGACUCUGAGAGGCUGAAGCUGUCAAAUUGCUAGAAGAUGAGAAGAAUAUGGUUGCUGAAAAGGAAAAGGAAAUAGGUAGAUUGAAGGAGUUUGUCGAGGCAGAGAAGAGAAGGUAUGAUUCUGAGAGGAAGAAAGGCGAUGAAGUUUGCAAGCUACUUGGAGAAGAGAAAAAUAAGGUUUCUGAAAAUAGAAAUGUCUUGCUGAUCAGAUGUCUCAGCAGUUAGAAGACGAUAAGAAGACAAUUGAGGAUUUCAAACAGAAGAUCAUUGAACUCUCACCCUUGACAAAGCAUGUUGAAAUGGCUACUCACAACAAGGUUAAAGCUGAAAGUACAAAAAUGAUGCUUUUGAAAAACAAACUAAAGCUUGAAAAGCCACCAGCAAAGCACACCAGACCAAAAAUAUAUGUUGGAAGCAAGCCGGUAUGACUUUUUACAGAAUGAAUUAGGUCGUCUCAAGAUCGAUUUCAUUCAAUUUCUACAUCGCGUUGAUAUGCUUGAUGCAUCUUUUUCACCUGUUGUAGGAACUAAGCGUGAACAAACAAAGGUUGGUUUCAGUGGCAAAUUUUUUCCGGUUAUGUAUAAUGUUUGAGUAUUUUUGUUUUUAGCCAAAUUUUCAUCUCAUCUACUGGUUUAAAUCAUGCACACUUUUAAAGUCAAUGAUCUCAUACUUAUGCAGAUUAA